UCAUCAACGGACCACCUACGAAAAAUUCGUGUUAAUCUAUCUCGUUUGUUCUAUGCUCUACACAUUACAUCUUACAUUCAUAUAAAUAUACAAAUGUAUCUAUCUUCGUUUCGCGACCAGUUUUAGCCAUUUUUGGGUGAACGUCGUGCAAACAGCCGGACUCCGGACUCAUUAUGGUGUGACGCCACACAUUGCUCUGUAAAGGGAGGCCCAUGUGCCGUGUCAGUGAGCGGGACCUACACUUGCACUUUAGGAGGCUGUCAUUCAAUCGUUUUCUCGCUCUUGGAUGUUUGUUUAGCUUCGCUGCUUAAAAUGCUGUUAGAAGCAGCGGAAGGGGACGUAACGGUCAUCUACAGAGCCGCUGCCGCCUCAGUGAAGAUCCAGGUGGAGCCAGUCGGUCGAUGGUACGAGGCCUUUGUGAGGAGGAGGAACAGGAAUGUGUCCUCCUCUUUCCAGGAGCUGGAGGAAGAGGAGGAGCUCUCAGAGGAAGAGGAGGAUGAAGAGCUGCAACUGGAGGAGUACCCAAUGCUCCGAACCUUGGACCCAAAAGACUGGAAGAACCAAGAUCACUAUGCUGUCCUGGGACUGGCCCACAUAAGGUACAAGGCCACACAGAAGCAAAUCAAAGCUGCCCAUAAAGCCAUGGUGCUGAAACACCACCCAGACAAACGGAAAGCUGCUGGAGAACAGAUCGUAGAGGGCGACAACGACUAUUUCACCUGUAUUACUAAAGCUAUAGAAAUCCUGUCAGACCCCCUGAAGAGAAGAGCCUUUGACAGCGUCGACCCAACCUUUGACAACAUGGUGCCUUCAAAGAGCGAAGGCAAAGAGAACUUUUUCGAGGCGUUUGCGCCCGUGUUCGAUAGAAAUGCCAGAUGGUCUUCCAAAAAGCACGUCCCCAAACUGGGAACGCUGGAAUCCUCUUUCGAAGAGGUGGAUAACUUUUAUUCUUUUUGGUACAAUUUUGACUCAUGGAGAGAAUUUUCUUAUUUGGAUGAAGAGGAAAAGGAAAAGGCUGAAUGUCGAGAUGAGCGGAGAUGGAUUGAAAAGCAGAAUCGUGCUUCCAGAGCUCAGAGGAAAAAGGAAGAAAUGAACCGAAUACGAACACUAGUCGAUACCGCUUACAGCUGUGACCCCAGAAUAAAGAAAUUUAAAGAAGAAGAAAAAGCCAGGAAAGAGUCGGAGAAGAAAGCCAAAGCCGACGCUAAGAAAAGAGAGCAGGAAGAGCGAGAACGAGCCCGACAGGCGGAGCUGGAGGCGGCCCGCCUGGCGAAAGAGAAGGAGGAAGAGGAGGCCAAGCAGGCUGCCCAACAGGCCAAGAAGGAGAAGGAGAUUCAGAAAAAGGCCAUUAAAAAGGAGCGGCAGAAACUCAGGACCACCUGCAAGAACUGGAACUACUUCGCAGACGACGAGGCGGACAGCGUGAAGAUGAUGGAGGAAAUCGAGAAGCUUUGUGACCGGCUGGAGUUGGCGAGUCUGCAGUCCCUGAACGAAGCCUUGGCCUCGGGAACCAAAGUGGAAGGCAAAGCUGCUGUGGACAAACAGGUGCAAGAGGUGAACGCUCAGCUGCAGAGGGAGCGGGAGGCGGAGGUCCAGGCCCGGCAGGCGGCGCGCAGCACGGAGCAGGCCAGCGGAGGCGGCGGCGGCGGCGGUGGGAAGGGCUGGUCCGAGGACGACCUUCAGCUGCUUAUCAAGGCCGUCAACCUCUUCCCCGCUGGGACCAACGCCAGAUGGGAAGUCAUCGCCAACUACAUGAACCUGCACUCCACCGGAAGCAUCAAGAGGACGGCCAAAGACGUCAUCAACAAAGCCAAGAACUUACAACGACUAGAUCCUCAGCAGAAAGACGAGAUCAACAGGAAAGCUUUUGAGAAGUUUAAGAAAGAGCACGCCGCCGUGCCGACCACCGUGGACAACGCCGUUCCCUCCGAGAGAUUCGACGCUGCCAGCGGCGACGCCGCGGCUCCCUGGACCACCGAGGAACAAAAGCUUCUGGAACAGGCGCUGAAGACAUACCCGGUCAGCACACCCGAGAGGUGGGAGAAGAUCGCCGCCGCCGUGCCCGGACGCAGCAAGAAAGACUGCAUGAAGCGCUACAAGGAACUGGUGGAAAUGGUCAAAGCCAAGAAGGCUGCCCAGGAGCAAGUAGCAGCGAAGAGCAGGAAAUGACAAAAACCACAACAUAUAGUCUCUGUUAUUUUAACAUUAUUGUGUUGGUCUUUAUUUUAUAAUAAAAUUAAAGGAGGACAAAAAAAAUCCUACAAAGAGACUUAAAUACUGUGUUU